CCGCGCGGCGUACUGUGGGUAAAUCCCAAUAUGGCGGCGCCCUUGCACCAGUGCUGAGAAACUGACUCUCCCAAAAAAAGAGAAGCUAAUUUUGCCUGAGUCAGCAAUCCAGAGCCGAGUAAAACAGCGACCACCGCCCACAGGAGCCCCAGAGACCGGCUCACGAUCCCCGGCCCUGGCAGACCUGUGUCAGCGAGAGCGUAUGUGUGCAAAAAUGGGCCUCUCCCGCAGCCCCUAGCGAGCGAGUAGGGGACGAAGAAGGGAGAGAGACGGGAGUUCGCUCCGGAAAACAGUCGAGGAGGCUGGGAGCUGACAACGCGAGCACUGCGGAGAUAUACAGCCAGGACGCUGCUGCCAAACUCGGGGGCUGCUGCUGCUAGGCCCAGAUACCACUGUGCCUUCUCGGUGCGCCAGGGUCUGGGUUGUGUGAUUGGACGUGCUCGUCUGUUAAGCCGGGUUAACUUUAAAACCGACACGGGGUGAACAUUGCUGUUUAAACUAAGUGCGUCCCCUUUUUCCUUCUUGAGCACCACUCUUUUCGGAGGUUGUGUCCGUGAGUGCAUGGCUGCUGACACAAGAUCAGCGAAUCCCAGCCAUACGGACUGAACAAAAAAGUUUUGCGCUUGAAAAGUUUUUGAGGGUGUUUAAUGCAGUGUAACCCGCUCAGGUGACAUUUCUCAUCCCGUUUUUGCCUAGACAGAAAAAAAAGACUUGUGGUGUGAAAUUUAAGCGGUGAGACUUUGCAUACAAAAACAAAGACAGCAAAUACAAACUUUACUCCUUGUUUCUGACUAACUUAUCUAAUAUAGCCGUCACGCUAAACGAGUCAGUUGCAUCGGUUAUAUUACUUGCUAUAUCAAUGUGCAAAAAACAACAUGUAUUUCUGUGGAUGGAUGUAAAAUACACGUAGAUUUAUAUAUAUAUAUAAUAUAUCUGUAUCGAUAUAAAAUAGUAUUUUCUGUAUUUGAAAUUUUCGAACUCAAACACCUCCAAUGAGGAUGGAUUCGGAUCUCCUGCACUCCCCGGCUUUGGGUGUUGGCGGAGGGGAGGAGGAAGAGUCGGACAUGACAGACUGGAACCUGCCUCUAACCUUCAUGAAGAAGCGGCACAGUGAGAAGAUCGAGGGAUCCAAGGCACUGGCACAGAGCUGGAGAAUGAAGGACCGGAUGAAGACGGUGAGUGUGGCGCUGGUCCUGUGCCUAAAUGUGGGUGUCGACCCCCCUGACGUGGUGAAGACCUCCCCCUGUGCACGGCUGGAGUGCUGGAUCGACCCGCUGUCUAUGAGCCCACAGAAGGCGCUGGAGUCGAUAGGAGCCAAUCUGCAGAAGCAGUACGAGAACUGGCAGCCACGGGCCCGGUACAAGCAGAGCCUGGACCCCACGGUGGACGAGGUGAAGAAGCUGUGCACCUCCCUGCGCCGCAAUGCCAAGGAAGAGAGGGUGCUGUUCCACUACAACGGGCACGGUGUGCCCCGUCCCACCGUCAAUGGGGAGAUCUGGGUCUUCAACAAGAACUACACUCAGUACAUCCCCCUCUCUGUCUACGACCUGCAGACCUGGAUGGGGAGCCCCUCCAUCUUUGUGUACGAUUGCUCCAACGCCGGCAUCAUCGUCAAGUCUUUCAAGCAGUUCGCCCUGCAGCGGGAACAGGAGCUGGAGGUAGCUGCCAUCAACCCAAACCACCCCCUGGCUCAGGUGCCACUGCCACCCUCCAUGAAGAACUGCAUCCAGCUGGCAGCGUGUGAUGCCAGCGAGCUCCUCCCCAUGAACUCUGACCUGCCAGCCGACCUCUUCACAUCCUGCCUGACCACGCCCAUCAAGAUCGCGCUGCGCUGGUUCUGUAUGCAGAAGAGUGCCAAGCUGGUUCCCGGAGUGACGCUGGAUUUAAUUGAGAAGAUCCCUGGCCGGCUCAAUGACCGUCGCACUCCGCUAGGGGAGCUGAACUGGAUCUUCACAGCCAUCACCGACACCAUCGCCUGGAAUGUGCUGCCCAGAGACCUGUUCCAGAAGCUGUUCCGCCAGGACCUGCUGGUUGCCAGUUUAUUCCGCAACUUCCUAUUGGCCGAGAGGAUAAUGAGGUCGUACAACUGCACGCCUGUGAGCAGCCCCCGCCUGCCCCCCACGUACAUGCACGCCAUGUGGCAGGCCUGGGACCUGGCAGUGGACAUCUGCCUGUCUCAGCUUCCCACGAUAAUCGAGGAGGGAACAGCAUUCAGGCACAGCCCCUUCUUCGCGGAGCAGCUGACUGCCUUCCAGGUCUGGCUGACGAUGGGAGUGGAGAACCGCAACCCCCCAGAGCAGCUUCCCAUCGUGCUGCAGGUCCUCCUGAGUCAGGUGCACCGGCUCCGAGCGCUGGACCUGCUGGGCCGCUUCUUGGACCUGGGCCCAUGGGCCGUCAGUCUGGCUCUCUCUGUCGGGAUCUUCCCCUACGUCCUCAAGCUCCUGCAGAGUUCAGCGCGGGAGCUGCGGCCACUGCUGGUGUUCAUCUGGGCCAAAAUCCUGGCCGUGGACAGCUCGUGCCAAGCUGAUCUUGUGAAGGACAACGGCCACAAGUACUUCCUGUCUGUCUUGGCGGACCCCUACAUGCCGGCGGAGCACAGGACUAUGGCAGCUUUCAUCUUGGCAGUGAUCGUGAACAGCUACAACACAGGGCAGGAGGCCUGUCUGCAGGGGAAUCUCAUUGCAAUCUGCUUGGAGCAGCUCAAUGACCCUCACCCGCUCCUGCGCCAGUGGGUGGCUAUCUGUCUGGGACGCAUCUGGCAGAACUUCGACUCUGCACGCUGGUGCGGCGUGCGGGACAGCGCCCACGAGAAGCUCUACAGCUUGCUAUCGGACCCCAUUCCAGAGGUCCGCUGUGCCGCGGUCUUUGCCCUGGGCUCCUUCGUGGGGAACUCGGCUGAGCGGACAGACCACUCGACCACGAUCGACCACAACGUGGCAAUGAUGCUGGCGCAGCUCCUCAACGACGGCAGCCCUGUGGUGCGCAAGGAGCUGGUUGUGGCGCUCAGUCACCUGGUGGUUCAGUACGAGAGCAACUUCUGCACCGUGGCUCUGCAGUUCAUGGAGGAGGAGAGGAACUAUGCUGUGUCCUCUCCCGCCAGCACCACAGAGGCUGGAAACCUGACCCCGGUGAGGGACAGUCCUGCCAUUCCACGCCUUCGCUCUGUCAGCUCGUAUGGGAACAUCCGGGCCGCCACGACAGUGCGCAACCUCAACAAGAGCCUGCAGAACCUGAACCUCAGCGAGGAGGGAGGCUCCGUCACCUUCUCUCCUGGGAACCUCAGCACCAGCAGCAGUGCGAGCAGCACGCUGGGCAGCCCCGACAACGAUGAGUACAUCCUGUCUUUCGAGACCAUCGACAAGAUGAGGAGGGUCAGCUCCUACUCCUCUCUCAACUCACUCAUUGGGGUGUCCUUUAACAGUGUUUACACCCAGAUCUGGAGGGUGCUGCUCCACCUGGCCGCUGACCCGUACCCUGAAGUGUAUGACCUGGCCAUGAAGGUGCUCAACAGCAUUGCAUACAAGGCCACCAUGAACGCUCGGCCGCAGAGGAUACUGGACUCCGGCUCCCUCACCCAGUCCGCCCCAGCCAGCCCCACCAGUAAGGGCACCCACAUCCACCAGGUCGGAGGCUCGCCCCCGAUGCCAAGCACCAGCAGCUCCAGCCUGACCAACGAGGUCCCGAAGCCUGCCGGGAGAGAGCUGCCCUCGGCCCGGCCCCCCUACACUCCCACCCUGGGCGGUCAAGCGCCACACUCGCACCAGUUCCCCAGGACGCGCAAAAUGUUUGACAAGGGUCCAGACCAGGGUGCUGAUGAUGGGGACGAGGGGGUGGGGCACCGGAACUUCAUCACCGCGGCGAUGCAGACCGGCCUCUGUGAUUGGAGCGCCAAGUACUUCGCACAGCCAGUCAUGAAGAUCCCGGAGGAGCACGAUGUGGAGAGCCAUGUGAGAAAGGAGCGCGAGUGGAGAUUCCUGAGGAACGCGCUGGUGAGGCGGCACAGCCAGAGCAUCACGCAGAGAGGUAUAACCCGCCUGGAUGACCAGAUCUUCAUCAACAGGAACCCCGGGGUCCCCUCAGUGGUCAAGUUCCACCCCUUCAACCCGUGCAUCGCUGUGGCAGACAAGGACAGCAUCUGUUUCUGGGACUGGGAGAAGGGAGAGAAGCUGGACUAUUUCUACAAUGGGAACCCUCGCUACACCCGGAUCACUGCCAUGGAGUAUCUCAACGGGCAUGACUGCUCCCUUCUGCUCACAGCCACAGAUGACGGGGCUCUCCGUGUCUGGAAGAACUUUGCAGAUCUGGAGAGGAACCCCGAGAUGGUCACAGCCUGGCAGGGUCUGUCCGACAUGCUGCCCACCACCAGAGGUCUGCCCCGAAGAGUUUCAAUCCACCUUGACAGGAGUAAGCAGGGAGGCGCUGGCAUGGUGGUGGACUGGGAGCAGGAGACGGGGCUGCUCAUGACGUCCGGAGAUGUCCGGGUCAUCCGAAUCUGGGACACAGACCGGGAGAUGAAGAUACAGGACAUCCCGACUGGUGCGGACAGCUGUGUGACCAGCCUGUCCUGCGACUCUCAGCGCUCCCUGAUCGCCGCGGGCCUGGGGGAUGGAUCUGUGCGCAUUUACGACAGGAGGAUGGGCCCCAACGAAUGCCGUGUGGUGACGUACCGCGAGCACAGCGCCUGGGUGGUGAAGGUACACCUGCAGAAGCAGACUGAAGGGAACAUCAUCAGCGUCAGUGUGAAUGGAGACGUGCGCUUCUUCGAGCUUCGAAUGCCCGACUCUGUGAAUGUGAUGCAGACAGUGAAGGGGCUGACAGCACUGGACAUCCACCCACAAGCCAACCUGUUUGCCUGCGGCUCUAUGAACCAGUUCAUCGCUGUGUACAACUCCAGCGGAGACGUCAUCAGCAACAUCAAAUACUACGACGGGUUCAUGGGACAACGAAUCGGUGCCAUCAGCUGCCUCGCCUUCCAUCCUUACUGGCCCCACUUGGCAGUUGGCAGCAAUGACUACUACAUGUCCAUCUACUCUGCGGAGAAGAGGAUGAGAUAACGGCAGAAAGGACUCUCCUCAGAAGCUCCUCAAGCAAUGGUGUAAAUUCCUCUUGUAUAUAUCCAAUUCCCAACUUGAAUGUCUAGUGAUGGCUGCUGCUACUCAACACUUGAAUCAUUAUUCUGAUAGUGUAUUGUUAGAUCUGUGUUGGGCUACUGAUUAUAGACUUGGCUGUGCUGAGGCGUGGAUGUGUGUGUGUGUACAUAGAAUUGCAGAUACACAUUAGAGACCUAUUUUAGACCACGGCCCUGUGGGAUUUGCUCUUUUUAAAUAGUCCUUCUGGUGUGUCUUCAGAGCUAGUGCAGUGCAGGGGUACUCGGGGGUCCACCGAGAGCCCUGCUUUUUAUUUCAACCUGGUCGUCCGAAUAUAAUAAUGUAUUUUUGUAUAAUAGUGUGACGAUGCACACAUAAUAACUGUCAAGGAUGUUUUUUUGUUUUUUAACAGUUUUCUGUCAGUUUAUCCGCUCAGGAAAGCACCGCAGCUUUAAAACCGUAAAUGAUUCAUCUGAAACAAAGUCCUGGCCCCUGGAUUCACACAGUACCUUUAAUUAAGCAAGUGCCAUACUCCGCGCUCCUUGGAGAGGUGACGUUGAAGUGCUGGUCUGAUGCUGGAUGUGCGUUCGGUUCACUGCAGGAUGUACCGGCACAUUGUCCCCAGAAAGAAUUUCAUGUAGCCUGGUGUGCAUAGGAAACAAUCCCAGACUUCAUAUGGUCUCUUUGAUGUGAACCAAACAGCUGAGUUGUCCACAAAGUGCUCGUCCCGUCGGAGUCCGGUUUCGACCCGUCAGAGCACAGCCCUAGGAGAUAUUAAUGGACAUGUAUGACUAAGCAUGAAAACAAAUAGCUAACCGUUUCUGUGGAGCUGCAUACUAACCUACCCACUGCACUUGCAGCUCCUCCUUUAUUCUGAGCAUGGUGUCACACCAAGUCUCAACAAUAUUCAGCUGUCAUUUUGUUUUUUCACAUUGUCACUGACAAAAUGCGACCCUCAUUUCAUAAUGCUGAGGUUUUAAGUAUUUUGUCUGACACUCUGCAUUCCAAACUGGUCUAAAAUGCAGUUGCGCUCCAAUUUUUCCUUGUGCUACUGAAAAAGAAAAGUUGAUCGGCGCUCCGUCUCCAGAGCUCCAAUCUCAACCUCAGACUUCUCCACAGGGUGUUCUGGCCGGGCCCCCUGUUUAAUAUCCAUGCACGAUGGCGGUGGUGUUUCUCAGGGCUGACCCACGCUGGUCCUGGAGAGCCACAAUCCUGCUGGUUUUCUGUGUUUUCUUUAAAUCAUCAAUGGCUAAAGAUCUGGAAACACAUGUUAGUGUUGAGCAAUUAAGAAAAUAGCUGGUUCAAUGAAGUAAUUGAGAACUUGGGUGGAACGAAGACCAGAAGCCCCUGCGGCUCUCAGGACCUAGGUUGGCCACCCCUGGUUUGUCAUCCCGGCUUCCUUUGGCAAAACUGGCAGUGAAGGCUGGAGCCCCGUGAGCCUUUUAAGCUGCCAGACCCUCGCAUGCAUGAGUCGCACCUUUAGGGGGCGCAAGGGGACCGCGGGCAGCGGAGAUAGAAACUCACCCCUGGCAAUAUUCUCUUUUAAACGCUCUUGUAAUAGUGUGCUAAAAGUGUAUCAUUUUAGAAUAUCAAUCAGGUGUUCUCCACAGCAGUACAAAGAAAUGUUUUCUCUGCUUUACUGAAUAUUGUCUGUAUGGAGGGAGAGAAAUCUCUUACAGAAUAAACCAAAUCCCCAA